ACUAAAUUGUGAUAGUCACUCCACGUGGUUGUUUUUAUAUUAUGUUGCAAUAAAAGAAGUUCAUUUUUUCAUUCAUAGAAUAUGAAUUUUGUAAUAUAAUGAUGGGAAUAAUCUUAAGACUAUUACGAAAUUGUAGAAAACAUGUACUUUGGUGUAAUCAAGUGCAAUAUUUAUCUCAGAAUAUUCAGCAUAAAUCUGAUAAAAUUAAUAAAAUUAGGAAUAUUGGUAUUAUUGCACACAUAGAUGCAGGAAAGACAACAACUACAGAAAGAUUUUUAUAUUAUUCAGGUUUUACCCACUUUAUGGGUGAAGUGCAUCAUGGAGACACUGUAAUGGAUUAUAUGGUACAAGAAAGAGAAAGAGGCAUCACAAUAGUUUCAGCAGCAAUAACUUUUAAUUGGAGAGGCCAUAAAAUUAAUUUGAUAGAUACCCCAGGGCACGUUGAUUUUACUAUGGAGGUUACGAGAGCUUUGAAAGUGUUAGAUGGAGCUAUAGUGAUUUUGGAUGCUUCUGCGGGCGUAGAGGCGCAAACGCUUAAAGUAUGGAGUCAAGCCGAUAAAUAUAUGGUUCCAAGAAUUAUUUAUUUGAACAAAAUGGACAAGCAGUGGGCUAACUGUGGUGCAUGUAUUAAUGAUAUUGAAGAUAAAUUAAAAACUAAGUCAUUAUUGCUACAUUUACCUUUAGGAGAAGGUAAAGAAUUUAAAGGUGUUAUUGAUUUAAUAACAAUGGAAAAAGUGGAAUGGAAAUUAAAUGAAAAAAAAGAUGGACAAUUAUUUGUAAGAACUAGCUUAAAAUCUAACAUAGAUAAAGAUUUAUGGGAAUUAAGUAAUAAAAAAAGAGAAGAUUUAAUUGAUCAAAUUGCUGAUUUAGAUGAUAUCAUAGCUGGAAAAAUUUUGAAUGAUGAAACAAUUAGAAAUAUUACUUCUGAUGAUUUGAAUGAAGCAUUACGCAGAAUUACGCAUUUGCAAAAAGCUGUUCCGGUAAUGUGUGGAAGUUCGUAUCGUAAUAUUGGAGUUCAGUUAUUAAUGGACAAUAUUAUAAAAUAUUUGCCAAAUCCAUUAGAAAACGAACGUGAAUUUGUUCAGUAUUAUGGCAGUAAUUUAUGUGCAUUAGCUUUCAAGGUACAAUAUAAUAAACAAUUUGGGCAGUUGACAUUUUUACGCAUCUAUUCCGGUAUUCUUGAAGAAGGAAAAAAGAUUUAUAAUGCAACACAAGAUAAUUCUGAAAAAGUUGAGAAAGUUAUGAUAGCAUUAGCAGAUGAAUUAAAAGAAAUUAAAAUUGCUUAUAAAGGAAAUAUAGUAGUAGUGACAGGUUUAAAAAAUAUUAUAACAGGAGAUACUAUUACAUCAUCACAUUCAGCAGCUAAUAAUGCUAGAAAAGAAUAUGCCAAAUGCAAAGAUUUAGAUAUUGAUGAUGUUCCUGAUGUAUUAGGAGGAAUAGAAGUUCCUGAUCCAGUAUUUUUUUGUUCCAUUGAGCCUCCCUCACUUUCUUAUCAAAAUAUGCUAGAUCAUGCCUUAAAAUGUUUACAAAUUGAAGAUCCAUCUUUUAAAGUUUAUGAAGAAGAAGAAACAGGUCAAACAAUUAUUUCAGGAAUGGGAGAAUUGCACAUAGAUGUGAUGAAAAAGCGUAUUCUUCAGGAAUAUAAAGUAGAUGCUUUCUUAGGACAAUUACGAAUUGCUUAUAAAGAAACAAUAUUAAACAUUUCUGAUGAUACAAUUAUUUUAGAUAAAUUUCUUGGAAACACAAAGCAUUUUGUUAAGAUUAAGUUAUUGAUAAAGUCAAGUCCGAGCUCAGGAAAAGUUAAGCAUAUUAAAGUUAUUGUAGAUAAAGAAAAUGAACUUGGAAAAAUUAGAUUAGAUUAUUUGAAAGCAGUUGAGAAUGGUGUUGUUUCAGCAUUAAAUCAUGGGCCAGUUUUGGGUUUCCCAGUGUUUGAUGUUAAAGUUGAAUUACAUUGGUUGGAAGUAGGUAGAGGUACUUCUCUUCCUAUGAUAUCAGCUGCAGCUUCUCAAUGUGUGGUUUCUGCGUUAAAAAAAGGUGAUGCACAACUUUUGGAACCAAUAAUGAAGAUGGAAAUUAAUACAAAUGAAAGUUAUCUAGGAAAAAUUCUAGCAGACUUAUCAAAUAGAAGAAGCCAAAUUUUAAACAUUCAAGUUAAACAAGAUGCCAGAAUAGUUAAUGCUCUUACACCACUUUCAGAAUUAAUAACUUAUACAACUGAUAUGAGAAUUUUAACGUCAGGUAGAGCAUCAGUUAAUAUGGAAUUUGAAUGCCAUAAAUUAAUGACUUCAGAAGAACUAAGAAAAGUGAAAGAACAAAUAACUGGAUUUAUGUUUAGAUGAUUAAAAUUC